CUUAAUGUGCGGUUUCCCUCUUUACCCUUAGUCUUUGCUCCUCUUCCCUCUUUCGCUCUCUUCCAUAUUUCUUCGUUUCUCUCCCCCAUAUCCAACUUUGGACUCGCAUGCGACGGCUUGGAAAAGUGCUAUCAACAAUGGCUUCGGACGUCGUCCGGGAUGGUGUUUUUGCCAUAAACAAGCCCUGCGGCCUCAGCUCUGCCCAGGUUGUGCGAGAAUGUCAGCAAGCUUUCAACCCUUCUUCAUUCUUCAAACCGAUGAUCGACGCAGAGAUCGCGCGACGACUUAAGGAAGGCGGCCAGUUUAACCGGCGCAGGGCUGAGAAGAAGGCUUCUCAGGUCAAGAUCGGUCAUGGAGGAACCUUGGAUCCCUUGGCGACGGGUGUAUUGAUUCUGGGCAUUGGGUCUGCCACGAAGCUGCUGCCUCAAUUCCUCGACUGCACCAAAACUUACGAGACCGUCGUCUUAUUCGGCGCAAGUACCGACACCUACGACAGAGUCGGCCGUAUCCUAUUCAAGCGUCCGUAUGAUCACAUCACACGAGAGAUGGUGGAAAAGGAACUGGAGGGGUUCAAGGGCAAGCAAAUCCAGAUCCCACCCCUUUACUCUGCGCUCAAGAUGAACGGCAAACCCCUCUAUGAGUAUGCGCGUGAAGGAAAACCCAUACCCAGAGAGAUUGAAGGAAGAGAGGUCGAGGUGUUGGAAAUUGAGCUCGUGGAAUGGUACGAGCCCAAGAAGCAUAAUCAUCGCUGGCCAACCGAGGAGGCAGAAGCCGCUGAGCGCAAUCUUGCUGAGCAGGCCUGGCGGGUUACGAAGCAACAGGAGACUGCGCGGAAGCUCACGCCGGAAGAGAAGGAGCAAGAUGACCAAGCAGUUGCGGCGCAUGAGAAUUUCAAACGCAAAUUUGAAGAGCGACAGGAUGAGCUCAUUAGAGAUGCGCCGCGAAAGAAGCAGCGCCCGUCCAAGCACUCUGCCAUGAUGUCUGGCGCCCUCGGUCAGCUGCCUCAGCCCGUCUAUUCAAACAAGGGCAAAAAUCUUGUCCCUCCUUCGCCCGAUGAGAGCACUCCUCCGCCGUGGAGCGACGAGGGCCCUGCUGCUGCUCGAAUUCGAUUAAAGGUGACAUCCGGUUUCUACGUCCGAAGCUUCUGCCAUGAUCUCGGCACCAAGCUGGGAUCGGCAGGCCUCAUGGCAGAGCUUGCCCGUGUCCGCCAGAGUGAUUUCACUAUCGGUGGAACCAAUUGUCUUGAAUACGAAGACCUGGCCAAGGGCGAGGAGGUUUGGGGCCCCAAGGUUGCCGAUAUGCUGGCGCGAUGGAAUGGAGAGCCCGAGGGACAGUGGCUUGGCCCCCAGGCAGCAGAGUCACAGAAGAAGCCAGAAAAGAAAAGCCCAAGCCCUGGCGCGUCAGCCCCUGCUCGAUCUGAAAAGCGAUCACGAUCCCCAUCUGUGAACGGUGCCUCGUCGCCUGCGCGUAAACUCCAGGCUAAAGGUGAUGGAGAGAAGCCUACACGGCAAAUCAAUGGCGCCAAAAUAGCCACAAAAUCGGAUGAUGAAAAGUCCUGGAACGGAUUUGAUGACUGAAGUGAGAGAAAAAACUAAAACUAAAAUGUGAUUAAUAUAUCAAAGCGGAUUAUCUGCUUUUUGUUGUUCAGGAGGUGAAUAUGACAGCUAUUGUCCCGGACAGCUGCAGUCAGGAAAACAGGCCUAUGCGCAUACAUACCAACGGCGUAGGGGUACGAAGGCGUUUUAUAUAGAAUCGCAGGCAAAUACUUUCACAAGUGUAAUCUCUUACACGGCGCCACCGUCAAGAUGCAUUUUGCUUCUCAUUUCUCUCCACCUAGUGAUUAGUUGAUAUAUAU